AUGUAUGGAAAAGAUAGAAGAGUUGGGGCUAUUGGAUGUAAUAAUCAUCAACAACUUGCAGCAUGGAUAAAUAUAGUCAAUAAAACACCACAAAUUCUUAAAGUACAAAUGAAAUAUUAUUCAAAAAAAAGAUUUGAAAAAAAACUACCAAUUCAUAUUGCUGUAAAUGAAAAAUGUCCAACAUUACCAAAUGACGUUCAUUGUCUUGCAAAUAAAACAAGAGUUGAACCAGUAGUUCAAUUUAUGUUAACACCACAACAAUCAGUUUAUAUUGCAUCAUUUGCUAAAGAUGGAAAAAAUACAUUUAUAACAACUGAAUGGAUUAAAAUUAAAACAACACCCAUUAAACAUACAAUUGGUAAAGCAAAAUUAAGUUUAACUGAUUUAGACACUAUAGAGAUAUUAUCUUCUGGAGUACAAAAUUAUGUUAAUCAAUUAAACAGUGAAUUAGGAAAAUAUGGUAAAGUUCCACAUAUAAAUUAUUUAUCAAAUGAUGCAAUAAAAAGAAUGGAAUUAGUUCGUAAAAAUAAACCAAUACAAAUUAAUAUGAUUCAUAAACAAAAUAAAUUAACAUAUCAACCAAAUGGUAUUCCUAAUUCAUAUAACUAUAAUCAACCUAUUAAUAUUAAUAAAAAUACUCAAACAAAUAAAAAAGUUACUUUAAAAGAACUUAUGGUUAUUGCAAAGAAAAAUAAUAAAAAUAAUAAUGUUGGUUGGAAAAAUAAAAAAGGAUUUGGAUUAAAUUUUACAAGACCUUCAACUCUUAAAACACAAAAGAAAACUAGUAAUAUUGUAUCUAUUAUGACUUCAAAUGAUUAUGCUAAUAUGACAAAUAGAAUUGCAAGAAAUGUUGUAUUAGUUGUUGUAUGUAUUGCUGGUGUAGUAUUAAUACCAUUAGGAAUUUAUGUUACUUAUCAGUCAAUAAUAAACAGAAAACGUUUAGAAGAAUUUCAAUCAUUUUAA